AUUUCUGUUCAUUGCUCUGAGAUGAGAGAAUUCAUCAUCCAUGGCUACGUCAUUUUUGAAGCAGACAGGAAGAGCUGCAGAUCACGUUGAGCUAGUUAUAUUUUCUUUCUCUGGAAGCUUAUUCCAAUGGGUUUGGCAGCUAACAUGUUCACUUUCCCCACCAGGAAAAUGUACAUACCCAUUCUUUUGUACUACCUUCUCCUAUAUCUUUGUUUUUCUGUAACAGCUUGGCCACAUGCUCUGACAGGGGACAACUGUCCGAGCUCUGAGUGGAACGCCAUGUGCCGUCCGUGUUGUGAGUACUACCUGAUCCAGUGUCAGUGUCCCUCAAAGGGGUCGAGGGUAGGUUACACUGUACCCUGCUGCCACAAUUCUCUGCAUCAAUGUGACCCCUGUAUCGUUCACCCAGGGUGCAGUCUGUUUGAGAACUGUAAAACCUGCAACAAUGGAACAUGGAAAGCCAAUGACGACUUUUUUAUCAAUGGAAAAUAUUGUACAGAGUGUCGGCAAGGCUGGAGCGGAGGGGACUGUAAAACAUGUGGAGGCAUUAUUCAGCGGGCUCAGGGUCACAUAACCCUGGAAAGUUACCCAACAAAUGCCCGUUGUGAAUGGACAGUGCAAGUGGAUAGGGGCAGCAGCAUUGAGCUCAGGUUUUCUCUGCUAAGCUUGGAGUCUGACCAUAGUUGUCGUUAUGACUACACUGAAGUUCGUGAUGGCAGGGACCUGAGCUCCCCUGUAAUUGGCCGGUUUUGUGGGGAUCAGCCGCCUCCUCAAAUAAAAAGCUCUGGCAACUACCUGCACAUCCUGUUCACCUCAGAUGGCUACAACAACUUUGAUGGCUUUGCUCUUACUUUUCAGGAGAGUUCAGUUUCAGCCAUCAAGAAACCAGUGUGUCCACCCCCAGAGAAACCAGUAAAUGGAUUUUUGCUGCCUAUAUAUGGCUCAAAGGAUGAGCUUGUAUCUGUAAACUAUCAAUGCCAUCCACCAUUCGUAUUGACUGGCUCCCAGCAGAGGACCUGUCUGCCUAAUGGCACUUGGAGCGGGGUAGUUCCAGCAUGUGUAAAAGGCCAAACAAGCAGAGUCCAUUGUGCCCCUCUGCCUAAAUUGCUCAAUGGCUACCACAGACCUGCUCUUGACACAGCUGGAGGUGCAGAGACAAUUGAGUUUUUCUGUAAAAACUCCUACAUUUUGAGUGGAAACCACCAGACUACCUGCCUCUCUAAUGGAUCCUGGAGUGGCAGGCCACCCAAGUGUUUGAGAGCCUGUCGAGAACCCAAAGUGUCUGAACUUGUGCAUCAGAGUGUUGUAAAGCCACACCUACUAUCAAGGUACAGCAUGCAUGACUUGUCCUCAGCCGGCUUUACGCCACUUACAGUGGACAGACAGUCUAAUGUAGAAAGAGUUGACACCACCCUGGAAGAGCUUCCUCGUGGAUUUCAUCCAGUCUACACUAGCAUCGAGUACAAAUGUGCCUCAGCUCUCUACCACAACACAGGAAGUUCUCGGCGCACCUGCCUGAUGAAUGGCAGAUGGAGUGGACGCCAUGUUUCCUGCUCUCCUGUUUGUGGCAAAUUCAACACUUUCAGCACACAAAACCUUACAGACACUCCGUGGCCGUGGCAUGCAGCCAUCUAUAUCCGCUCACCUCCUGAUCUUACUGCCAGCACCCACAAGCCCCAUGGAAUGUUCAUGUCUGACCAGCAGGGGACCUCAGAGGAAUCGUCCUUCUGGUACCUGGCCUGCAGCGGGGCUCUGCUCACCCAGCGUAGCGUCCUUGUGACAGCUCAGUGUGUGGUAGACAAGGACAAGCAGGGGCCCCUUCACCCAGCACAUAUGAAAGUUGUCAUAGGCAUGCAGUAUCAGGCAUCUAAGGAUCGGAUGAAAAGCCUGCACCACCUCAGGGUUUCAGAAAUUUUAGUCCAUCCAAAUUUUUACUCUGCGCCCGACUUUGAUGUGGCUGUGCUCAAGCUAAAAGACAAAGCCAAGAUCAGUGAGCGUGUGUUGCCGGUGUGCCUACCCAAAAUGCAGGGAGGAGAAGUAACAGUGCAAGAGGCUUUUAAUGCAAGGUGGACUUUACCAAACAAUGGCAGGCUCCUAAGAAACUACACUCCCUUGAGCCAGACAGAACUUGUUGAGUUGAGUGAUGUUGCUCAGUGUGAAAGAGCAUUUACUCAUAGAGGAACACAUACCCCCACGAUCAGUGACAAUACCCUCUGUGUAAUCCAAAGACCGCCCAGUCCUCAAAGCUCUUGUCCCAGUGUUUUUCCAGGCCUCAUGACCAUGCCUGCUGUGUUUUUAUCAACAAGUGGUGUCUUGCCAGGUCACAGGGAGACUCAGGGAGCCUCCAGCACAGGCUGGCAACUGCUUGGUUUGGAGAGCUUCAGCUAUGAGGAAAAGCACUGCAACCAACAGACUUACACAGUUCAGAUACGAAUUGCCAACUUUCGAGACUGGAUAGAGAAAAACAUGAAGUAGAAUUGUAUUCUAUCACAUCUACAGUUGAUUUUCAGUGGUCAUUUACCAGUAUUGUUAAUUUCCUGUGUGUCUCAAUAUCAUAUAAGGUGAGAACUGUUUUCCUGGCUCUAUGUGUGUAUGUUGUUGUUCUGUAUCUGGGUCACCUCCACUUCAAAAGCAUCAUGUGAGUUGGUUAAAAUACACACCUACCUUUUCAUGAUCUCUACAGCUAUGUAUGUUCACAUAACAGGGGUUAAUGAUCAAUUCCAAAUUUGUUUGUCAGGUUGGAUCUUUUUGUGUUGAUGGUUUACCAUCAUGUUUGUAAGAGAUACUGUAUACAAAGCCUAUAAAAAUUAUUCACUCCCCUUGAAAUUUUCACCUUUUAUUUUGUUACAGUAGAAUUUAACCUUUUUCAUACUGAUCAACAUAAAAAGACUCAUCCAUGAAUUUGGCUCACUGUUUGAGUCAGCUUGCAUGGGUAUGUUGGACUCUACUGCUCCUCUUAAACAGAAAUCUCUUAAAGUUAAAACUGAGCCUUGGCUGAAUGCCUCGACUCAUGCCUUCAGACAGUUGUGUUGCCAAGCGGAGCGUACAUGGGAAAAAAGAAAAUGUUUGAGUUUCUCUGGGUUACUUCAGGGAUUGUCUUUCAAAUGAUCAGAAUGCUGUUAAAAGUGCUAAAACUAAUUAUCUCACUAGUGUGAUUGCUAAUAACCAACAUAAACCUCAGGUGUUAUUUAGCACAAUCAAUAAUAAAUCCAUCAGCCCCUUCUUACCCUGAAGUCUCAGUAGA